AUGAUGACCGCCAGACUGACUCGCUAUUCCAACGAUCUUGAAAACCUUUCGCGCAGCCAUCUGCGACGAAGGCUUGAACCAAUCAACGGAAUCGAUUUUACGUCGAAUGAUUUUCUGGCUUUCAGCACCGCACCGCAAAUACGCGAAGCCGUACAGUCGGCACUUGAAGACGGCAUGCCACUCGGCUCCGGUGGAUCGCGGCUGCUGCGCGGCAAUCACCGUAUUCAUGAUGAACUCGAAACCAUGGCGGCCGAGACUUUCGGCAGCGAAAAAGCGCUCUAUUUUGCAAAUGGAUAUUCCGCCAAUUUCGCCAUACUCACCACAUUGCCAAGACGAAAUGACUUGAUAAUUUUUGAUGCGCUUUCCCAUGCAAGCAUACGAGAGGGGAUAUUCUCUUCGCUGGCAAAAAAUGUAAAAACACCUCACAACGAUGUCGAUGCCAUAGAACACGUGUUAGCUGAUUGGCGUACCAGCGCUUCCGGCUCCUCCAUGGCAUGGAUUAUGGUUGAAAGCCUGUACAGCAUGGACGGUGACUGCGCACCACUAAGCGAUUUGGUUGAAGUUGCUGAAAGAUAUGGUGCGAUCCUGAUCGUGGAUGAGGCCCACGCUACAGGUGUCUGGGGCGAAAAUGGUCGGGGACUUACUGAACCGUUUGACGGACGACGCAAUCUCGUUGCAGUUCAUACAUGCGGGAAGGCGCUCGGAGCUGCGGGAGGACUUGUUUGUACAUCAUCGGAACUAAUCGAUUUCAUGAUCAACAAAUGCAGACCAUUCAUUUACUCCACCGCGCCGCCACCGAUUAAUGCCGUUGCGGUUAUGGCGGCUCUUCGACUGCUUGAUGAAGAGCCACGCAGGAGAAUUGACUUGUUGGGUUUGAUCAAAAAAGCCAAUAGGGAAUUGGAACUAAAAUUUGAAAAAAUCGGCAGCCAAACACAAAUUAUCCCCUUUGUGAUUGGUGACGAAGAACUUACCCUGCGUGUCGCUAGUGAGAUGCAGCAAGCAGGCUUCGAUCUUCGAGCAAUUCGUCCGCCCACUGUGCCAGCGGGUACAGCUCGCCUUAGAAUCUCGAUUACGCUUCACGCAACAGAAAAGAAUAUCAGCGACAUGUUCGACGAACUCUACACAAUCGUGUCAAACACUGACACAGAUAUUUCAUAA